AUGACGACGCCGAGCACUUCUCCUUCGACCAUAUCUCUUCGCCGAGCCAUGGUUCGUGUCAUUCAACCGCACGGACCCAGCCGACGGCCCUCGCAGACAUUGUUCUUGGAUCACACCUCGCCUGCUGUGGCAGCACACAGCUCAUCAUCGACCACAUAUACUAUACCCGCGCCGCCCCAGCUCGAGUACGAAAGUGCAGAAGCUGCCGAGGCAUCCAUCCAUGAGUGGACGAAGGAUCACAGCUUCAACGUAUCCCGCAGUCAACUCGGCAGAAAUGCGAACGGUCAGAUUCGGUACCGGUUGUUCGCGUGCGUCCACGCCAGAAAACCAAAAAACAAUUGGAAGAUUGCAGAUGCAGACCGCCAGCGCCUAAUGGCUACGUCGAAGCGAGACGAAUGCGGCAUGCGCAUCAGCUCAACGACAAGAAGAAAUACUCGAUUUGGUCGAUCUCCAGGCCAAGGCUGGUGUUCCGACGGCUAA